UCUCUCUUUUUAAAAAAAACAACUCCUCGGUCUAGUUUGCUAUUAUUGAUGCAAAAAAAAAAAAAAAAAGAGAGAGAGAGAGGGAGAUCCAGGGACGCCCCGAUUCGCUUGGAGAGAAGUCGUCUGAAACCAACACUCCCUUCACACGCACACCUCUCCCCUGCAAGAGCGCCCGUAACCGAAAGGAAGAUCGAUUUGGGAUUUUUUUUUCUUCUUCUUUUUCUUUCCAUCCUCUCUACUUCUUCUUCUUCUUCUUCUUCUUUUUUGACUAGUUCAACCACAUUGGCGGAGUGAAGGAGGGGCGAAAGAGGGAUGGCUCGACCUCUUCCUUUGAACCCAUCUUUCCUACCCCCAACUUACGGGGUGCUGAAAUCCCUGCUGGAAAACCCGCUCAAGCUGCCGCUGCAUCACGAAGAUGCAUUUUAUAAAGAAAAAGACAAGGACAAAAAACUGGAUGACGACAGUACCAGUGCCACUGUUCCACAGUCUGCUUUUCUGGGGCCUACAUUAUGGGACAAGACACUUCCCUAUGAUGGUGACACUUUCCAGUUGGAAUACAUGGACCUGGAAGAAUUUCUCUCAGAAAAUGGCAUCCCACCCAGUCCAGCCCAGCACGACCACAGCCCUCAUCAGCCUGCUCUUCAGCAACCUACCUCAGCCUCACCAUCUGUCAUGGACCUCAGCCACAGAGCAUCUACAUCAGUCCACCCGACCAUGGUUUCCCAAAACUGCAUGCAAAAUACACCCAGGCCAGGUCAGAUCUUGCCUACAAACCGAAGCACGCCAAGUCCCAUUGAUCCCGACAGCAUUCAGGUUCAAGUUGGGUAUGAACCAGAUCCUGCCGAUCUUGCUCUUUCUAGCAUUCCUGGUCAGGAAAUAUUUGACCCUCGCAAGCGCAAGUUCUCGGAGGAGGAGCUCAAGCCCCAGCCGAUGAUUAAGAAAGCUCGCAAAGUCUUCAUUCCCGAAGAUCUGAAGCAGGAUGACAAAUACUGGGCAAGACGUAGAAAGAACAACAUGGCCGCCAAGCGAUCCAGAGAUGCCCGGAGGCUGAAGGAAAACCAGAUUGCUAUCCGUGCCUCGUUCCUUGAGAAGGAGAAUACGGCUCUGCGCCAGGAGGUGGCUGACCUACGGAAAGAAUUGGGCAAAUGCAAGAACGUCCUUGUCAAGUAUGAAGCUCGGCAUGGUCCUCUCUAGAUGGCCUCCUAUCCAACCCCCCCCCAUCCCAUCCACCACCAUCCCCCUGUUUCUUUUCUUCCCAUCUACUUUUUUUUUUUCAAUUUUGUGGUUUUGGCAUUUAAAUAGAUGGGACAGUGUGUUUCCUGUUUGAUAGCACCUCACCCAAACUUUUCAGUCAUGGGCACUUUAACAGAAAGCAGAAACAGAACCAGUGUAAUGCCUGUGUGUAUGCGUGCGCACGUGUGCUUGUGCACACCUGUGCAGACAUACUUGUGAAUAAGUGUGCAUGUCUGUCUUGGCUCUUGUGUUUUUAUGAAACCCUCUUUGUAGGGUUGGGUUGGCUGAGACUGGCCAUACUAAACUUUUUAUGGAGUACAUACAUCUAGAUAUGUAUGUAUAUAUUUUCCAGUGCUGCUUAAACUGUGUUUUUUUGUCUUACCCUAUCCCAUUCUUUUGAUUUAACUUGGGGGGGGGGGGAAAGAAAGAAAGAAAAUGAAAGAAAAGCACCCUGGUAACGGGAAAGAACAAGAGAAAAAAAGAAAAAGCCGUUUUUGGUUUAGGCACAUCAGGCAGUGUAAACUUACUGAUAAUAAUGCACAAUUGAUAUUCAUGCUAUACUGCAGAGAUACUAAUUUAUAGAUUCGCCUUUUUAUUUUGUUUUGGUUUUCAUUUGCUGUAUGUUUUUACAUUUUGGUAAAUAAACUAGAUCUUCAGAUUCAUUAUGUAUUUUAUAUCCUCCUUGUAGAGAAAUAAGGAACAGAUAACUUUCCUUUCAUUGCUUUAAAAUUAUAAAUAGGCUGCAUCCCCUGGGCAUAAUCAGUAAUUCUCUUGUACAGAUUAAAAUAUUUCUCGUGGGCAUUGGAUGACUUUGGUACCCUAAUACUGUAACUUUUUAGUGCUCUUUAAAGAUUAAAGACAUUAAAGAUUUCUUGGUAGUUUGCAUAAAAAUGAUCCCUAACCAGACAAGCAAAAACAUAUUCAUCAGAUGUCUGCACAGUAUCCAUGUAUACUGUACGGAUAAGGCCAAAGCAUAUUCUUGCCUUAGGUGAAUUAAAUUUUUGCUUGUACCAACCCUCCUCCCCCUUUUUUGUGAUGUGCAGGGCACAACACUAAAUUAUACAGGUGUGCAAAACACUUCAGACUCCAACUCUGAAACACUUGUUUCAAUCUUAUCAAGAGCUGACCAGCUGAUAACUUCUGUCUUUCAUCUGAUUUCUUUUAUACUUUGUGACCAGCAAGUGGAAAUCUAGAAACUAUCAGUUACAUUUUCUGGGAAUUCAGAGUGUCAAUUCAGCUAGCGACCUGCUAUGCUCCUUUUGCAAAUCUUUCUCCAAUCUGCUCAGUCCACAGGGGUCUUGAAUUUGGCAAUUGGAAGAGCGCUUGUCUGCUUUUGAUGGUCAAGCUGCUCUUAUGAACAACUCCAGCUCUUUGUGCAGAUCCUAGUCCUUGCCCUUAGCCAAUCUGUGAUUGGCAUAACCGGAGGAGUUUGGAGCCAUCCACCAUUAGGGACAAAGGUCAAGUGAUGCUUGCCUUUGGCCCAUCACCCACUAUUCAAGGAAUCCAGUUUUGUUCUUGGCGUGUCUAAGUAAUGCUGAUUGCCACACUAGGUCAGGAUGAAAUUGUAUACAAAAAUCAAGAUACCCCUAUUUUUUGGAUUAUAAAACGCACCUGAGUAUAAGACGCAUCAAUAUUUCAAAGAGGUAAACAAGAAAAAAAAGUGUUUGCUCUCCCCGGCCCCCAGGAGCACUCUGCAGGCCUCUCAAACCCUCUGUGUGUCCCAUUUUUGUGAAAAAUGAGACAGUUUUUCGCGAAAACGGGACCUGCAGAGGGUUUGAGAGGACUGAAGAGUUCCCCUGGAGGCUGGGGAGGGCAAAUACGCCCCCAUUUUUGGCCUCCCAAACCCCCCAUGCAUCACAAUUUUGCCCUCCCUGUCCCCCAGAAGCACUCUGCAGGCCUCCCAAACCCCCUGCAGGCCCCGUUUUCA